GCCGUUUUCCAUCACCCCUUAUAUAAGUGUCACCAUGUGUUCAAUCUUUUUGUUAACUCAAAGUCAUUUCAUUUUUGUAAUUAUAUGGUCUCCUCAAGUAAUAAUUUUCAAAUCAGUGGCGUGCGUUACAAGAAGUAGAAAUGCAAGCGGUCGAAUUGUGGAAAAAAAACUACUAUCAUGAUCUCGGAAACAAGUUUAAAUGCGGGAAGGUUAUUUUAUUGUUGUUCCGAGCACGGUUUCUCUCACUGGUGUGACCCCUUUGACGGCCAGCAAAACUGUUCACACAACACCACGAAGGACUUUCAUGAUGAAAGUGAAGCAACUAGUGCAAAAAAAGAAUCUGAAGUGAAAUUUGAGGAACCUGCCAAUGGAGUAAUUCAUAGACUAAUUGUUUUAAACCUAGCAAUAUUUGCAUUUUAUGUGUUAUGCCAAAAAUUUGUGCUUAUAUUUCACUAGUGUAACAAUCAACAUAAAGGAAACUUAUAUUUUCAAUAAACACAAAUUUCCAACUCCACAAGAAAACCACAAUAUUCUAAUCCAAACUGACUUACAAACUUGUUCACAAACAGAAUAUAAACAAAGAUUCCCAACUACACAAAAAACCACAAUAUUCUAAUUCAAAGUGACUUACAAACUUGUUCACAAACAGAAUAAUGACAUCAGUUGGCCUAAAUAAUAACAAAACAGGCCUCUUACGCUUCCAAAAACAUGCCUAAUCAAGUACUUAACAAAACAGAUCUCAUUAUACACUUAAUGUCAUUCAAACAUGCCUAAUCAACAGUAAAACCUCAUCAAAGAAAGGUUAUCUGCACUCAUCUCGGGAAGAAGAUGAUCAUAUUUAGUGGUCAUGGGGUUGCCAAUAGCUAUCCUACUCUCUGCCUCAUUCUCCCUUCAAAUUCAUCAUCAAGUUUAGAUGUUGGAGCUGUCCUGGAAGUUGAUGUUGUUGCCUUGGAAGGUGGCUUCCAAACUGGUUGCGAAGAUGCCUUAGAAGCUGUUUUAGUUGUUGUUCCCUUGGAAGGUGGUGUCUUGGAAGUUGUUCCCUUGGAAGGUGAUGGCUUGGAAGCUGUUUUUGUCAUGGAAGGUGGCCUUACAGCUGUUGCCUUGGAAGGUGGCUUAGAAGAUGUUGAUGAUGUAUUGAAAGUUGUUGCCAUUGAAGUUGCUUUUGAAGUGGGGCCAUCAAAUUGAACAGUGGGGAAAUCAACUUAAUAUAUGAGCUUGCUUGAACUUUGAUGGACGUGCCUUCAGCUUGUAGAUCACCCUGAAUAUUUAACUGACAAUAACGAGAAAUUACUGUUCAAAAUAUAUACAUCAUAUUCAAAAAAUAACUCUUAUCUUGUAAAUACACCUUGUGUACUUUCUUUCUUUUGUGGUUAAUGGCAGUAUUUGAUGAUUUUCUCUUGCCAACUAUGCUUGACUCAGCAACUUGUGACAAUGGAAUUUCAGCUUCAGGAUUAUUGGAUGCUUGGAACUGGCUGUCAUCUUCAACAUUUGCUUGCAAUACAAACAACAUCACCAAAUGCAAAUCAACUAAACAGUCUUAAAAUACAAACAACAUCGCAAAUCAACUAAACUGUAACAUAAAACUAAAAAAAAUGAAAAGUCUAAUAACACAUUUACCUCAACAGUAGAAGACCUUGGAGAUCCUUUGCAAGUUCUGAUAUUGUGCCCCAAGCCAUUAUACCUUUUGCAUCUUACAACAUAAGACCUCUUUGUAGUUUCCCCCUCAUUUGGUGCUCUUCUUCUGUUUUUCUUUGGCCUGCCAGGUGGCCUCCUAUAAGUUGACGCAACAAAUAUUGUAGAGCAACAGUGGUGUCUUCUGGCCACAAUUCAGAACUUGCAAUGGCAUGAAUAUGGUGACUGUAAGUGGUGAGGUACUGUAGUUUAGACAAAUUGUUGUGAACAUAAUCCUCUAUGUUUUCCCUUCUGUACAGAAUCCCCAAAAUUGCAUGCUUACAAGGGAUUCCACUCAGAUCCACCUGACACUCACAAGUUCUGUUAGAUAACUUAACAAUGAAAAGUUGGUUAUCUUCCUGAACUUGGAAUUCAUUGUCACCUGCAACAAAGAAACGGAAUUUCCUAGCCUCUAAUCUCUCAUUGUUCAACCUUAUCACUACAUUUUUAGGAAGAUCAGUUUUCCACCUAAUUCUUUUUUUCCUCCUUAUUAUCAGCCUGUUCAUGAACUUUGCUCUAAGUCCAUCUAACAAAUGAAAGAAAUUCUUAGGCCUAAGUUCAACUAUCCAAUUAUUAAAAGACUCAGCAAUGUUAUUAGUGACAUGAUCAUUCUUCAAUCUCCUAUCAUAUCCGUCGUAAAAAAAGACACAAAAAAAUCGAAUGUCAACUAAUGAUGAAAUUAACUAAUGCUGAGUCAGUUAACCAGAGCUUUGACGACCCGCCGCCGGAAAAAAAAAAACAAAAAUCAAAAGAAAAAAAAACAAAAAACAAAAGGAAAAAAGGGCAAAUUCCAGUUUGCCCCCAUACUUUGGUUCGGUAUCACUUUACCUCCUUCUACUCAUGAUUGCAUCGAUUUGUCUCCCUGCACUUGAAAAAUUUUCUCAAUGUGGCCUCGCUGUUAGUUGUCUAAUAUUUGACCUUAAACCAAUUUGAUCUAAGCUUUGAAAUUACAAAAAUGCCACAUUGAGUUAAUUUAAAACCAAACUUAGCAUGAUCUAGCAUAAAUUAAUUGCAAAUUUUAAAUACAAAAUAUUCAGCAAAAGUAAUGCACAAAUUGUGAUUCCUAGCAAUAAUUCGCUUCUAAGUUCCGUUGAAACGAAAGCUAACCAAACAUCUAGUCCUCAUCACAACAAAACAAGCAAUCUCAUCAUCAAACAUUGGUCAUCUCUCAUCAUUACAACUCACCGAUGCAUUGGACUCCAGCAAUAUUUUUUUUAAAGCAAUAAAAACAACAAAAAGAAAAUAAAACCUAAUGCAUGCAAACUAAACGCA